CUUCCGGGUCACGUGAUGCGCGGGGAGCGGGGGGGCCGUGGGCGGGAGGCGCAUGCGCGGCCGGAAGCGGCGGGUACGGCGGGCGGCGCGGGUCAUGGCGGGCUACGGGGUGGCGAACGAGCGGCUGCGCGUGCUGGAGGAGCUGGAGCGGGAGAUCGGCGCGUCCCUGCAGAGCGCCGGCACGGUGAUCCUGGAGCUGUCGAAGGAGAAGGCCGGGGAGCGGCUGCUGGAGCGCCAGGCCGCCCAGUUCAGCGCCGCCGUGCAGAAGGUCGAGUCCGAGCUCUCGGCCCAGAUCCGCUACCUCACCCAGGUGGCCACGGGGCAGCCCCACGAGGGCUCCAGCUACUCGGCCCGCAAGGCCUGUCAGAUGGCGCUGAACCGCGUCGACUACGCCCGCCUCAAGCUGGGGGAGCUGGCGCGGGCCUGCGAGCAGAUGCUGGAGCCGUGACGGGGCGGCGCCGCGGGGACACCGGGACAGCCACGCCUCCGCUGCGGGGACGCGGGGACACCGGGACAGCCACGCCUCUGCUGCGGGGACGCGGGGACACCGGGACAGCCACGCCUCCGCUGCGGGGACGCGGGGACACCGGGACAGCCACGCCUCUGCUGCGGGGACGCGGGGACACCGGCACCAUGGGGACACCGGGACAGCCACGCCUCCGCUGCGGGGACGCGGGGACACCGGGACAGCCACGCCUCCGCUGCGGGGACGCGGGGACACCGGGACAGCCACGCCUCCGCUGCGGGGACGUGGGGACACCGGCACCAUGGGGACACCGGGACAGCCACGCCUCCGCUGCGGGGACGCGGGGACACCGGGACAGCCACGCCUCCGCUGCGGGGACGCGGGGACACCGGGACAGCCACGCCUCCGCUGCGGGGACGUGGGGACACCGGGACAGCCACGCCUCCGCUGCGGGGACACCGGCACCGUGGGGACACCGGGACAGCCACGCCUCCGCUGCGGGGACGCGGGGACACCGGGACAGCCACGCCUCCGCUGCGGGGACACGGGGACACCGGGACAGCCACGCCUCCGCUGCGGGGACGCGGGGACACCGGGACAGCCACGCCUCCGCUGCGGGGACGUGGGGACACCGGCACCAUGGGGACACCGGGACAGCCACGCCUCCGCUGCGGGGACGUGGGGACACCGGGACAGCCACGCCUCCGCUGCGGGGACGCGGGGACACCGGGACAGCCACGCCUCCGCUGCGGGGACGUGGGGACACCGGGACAGCCACGCCUCCGCUGCGGGGACACCGGCACCGUGGGGACACCGGGACAGCCACGCCUCCGCUGCGGGGACGCGGGGACACCGGGACAGCCACGCCUCCGCUGCGGGGACACGGGGACACCGGGACAGCCACGCCUCCGCUGCGGGGAUGCGGGGACACCGGGACAGCCACGCCUCCGCUGCGGGGACGCGGGGACACCGGGACAGCCACACCACUGCUGCGGGGACGCGGGGACACCGGCGCCGUGGGGACACCGGGACAGCCACGCCUCCGCUGCGGGGACGCGGGGACACCGGGACAGCCACGCUGGCGCCAUGGGGACACCGGGACAGCCACGCCACUGCUGCGGGGACGCGGGGACUCUGACGCCAGGGGGACGCGGGGACAGCCCCGCCGCCAGCCGCCACCGCCUGCCGCUCGCUCCAGGGACGCGCUAAGGACACGCCAAGGACGCACCACAAUAAAGGGAAGCCAGGGUGGCCUUCAGGCCCGGUGAGCCUCGGCGCGUCCCCGACACGCGCGUGUGCCCGGCGGCCGCCCCCCUGCCCUGCGCCCCCCCGCGACACAGAUCCGGGGGCAAAGCCAGCUGUUUA